ACACAUUUACGCAACAUACACAUACUGUUUCGGCAUGCCUAAACCGCCGAGCAAACAUUAAUUGAUCUGUCAACUCGUUUCAAAUGUUGGUCCUUUCGAAGCGGGCUUACAAAAGCGAGCGGCGCCGCGGUCUCGCGCGCAGUCUACUAUCGAGUGUAUUAACAGUCGGUUACCAAAAAUUACUUGAUCUAAACAGUAUGCUAUCUAAAUUGUUUGUGGUGUUAGUUCUGUGUUGGGGAGUGCAGAGUUUCCCGGAUGGUGCGCCAGUGGACGCGUGCGUGAAGGAUCGUCCUAACCAGCCGAACCACGGGCAGCAUCGGUCGCAGCCGCUAACCACCCUGCCCUAUAGGGUUGUGGCUUCUUCGUCGGCUUAUGGACCUAACACUCCAAUUACAGUUACAAUAGAAGGAGUGGAGCCUUUCAAAGGUUUCUUCAUCCAAGCUAGAUCCGUGGAAACUGACGAAUGGCUGGGUUCAUGGGAGCAGGCGCCAAAUACUACCAUUCAUCCUGAGUGUGCAGCCAUCACCCACGCUGACCCGCGGGAGAAGACCCGAGCGACCCUCGUAUGGAAGGGACCAGCUAACUCGCAAGGCAGAGUGUACUUCACGGGAACCGUUUUGAAGAACUACGGCACUUUCUGGGCGAAUCUGAUCGCAGAGGCGCCCCAGGAACCCGCCCAACUUCAGUUACUUGGCUGAUGUGUUGUGGUGAAUAUUGGUUUAAUAAGAGACUGUUGUCACUAUGUGUACUCUGAUUAUAAGUAUUGUACUAGUUUUUAUUUAUUAGAAAUACAAGUGUUCUUGAUUUUAAGUUUUAGAUGUACAAAUAAAAAGAAAGAGAUUAGUAUAAAUAAGUUUUAUUAUGUAGAGUUAACAUAAAUGCUUUUCGCAGAGUUCAUUUCAUUGAAUAAAUACAAAAAAUACAUUAUAGAGCUGUUAAAAUAUGUGGAUAUCUGUUAGUUGCAUAAAG